UGGAUUUCUAACCUUUUAAAAAACAUUGGGGAUUAUUGCCAUUUUUUAUAUUUUUCCAAAGGAUUGAUUACUGAUUUUUUUUUUCUUUAAUAAAGUGGACAGGUUCGUGCUGCACCAUGAAGGUGGCAGGGAUAUUUUUGUUGUUGAUGCUGUGGACCUGUGAGGGUGCGAGAGUCGCAGAGAGUCGAGAAGACAACAGUGUGUUUGAUUUGUUUGAGCUCAUCCGAGUCCCGAGCAAGAACCACGGGGUAAGCCUGGUGAAAGGAGACGACCCAUACAGCCCCGCCUACAGGAUCUUAAACCCGGACCUUAUUCCCCCUGUCCCCGAGAGCGCCUUCAGGGACCUGGUGGACUCGGUCCAAGCAGAGAGAGGUUUCCUCCUUCUGCUCAACUUCAAGCAGUUUAAACGGACGAGGGGCAGCCUUCUGACCGUGGAAAAGCGAGACGGCUCCGGAGUCGUCUUUGAGAUCAUCUCCAAUGGCAAAGCCAACACCUUGGACAUCGUUUACUCCACUGAGAAAAAGCAGCAGGUGGUUUCCAUCGAGGAAGUGGAUCUGGCCACGGGUCACUGGAAGAACAUCACGCUGUUUGUGCAGGAGGACCGCGCGCAGCUGUUUGCCGGAUGCGAGGAGGUGAACACCGCUGAGAUGGAUGCGCCAAUACAGAACAUCCUGACGCAGGGAACGCCGGCCGGCGCGCGGCUUCGGGUCGGCAAGGGGGCAGUGAAAGACAAGUUCAUGGGGGUGUUGCAAAACGUGCGGUUUGUGUUUGGAACAACGCUGGAUGCGAUCCUGCGCAACAAAGGAUGCCAGAAGGCUGCUCCUGGUGACACAAUGAUUGUGACUAAUCUGAAUGGCUCAUCCGCCAUCCGAACAGAAUACAUUGGACACAAGACUAAAGAUCUACAGAUGGUCUGUGGCUUCUCCUGUGAAGAUCUCAUCAGCAUGUUCAAGGAGCUGAAAGGCCUUGGUGUGGUUGUCAAAGAACUGUCCACUGAGCUCCGCCAGCUGACAAAUGAGAACAAGCUUAUUAGAACCCACAUGGGCAUACAUAGUGGCAUCUGCUUCCACAAUGGCAUUAAACACAACAACAAAGAUGAGUGGACCGUAGAUGACUGCACUGAGUGCACUUGCCAGAACUCUGCCACUGUGUGUAGGAAGAUCUCCUGCCCUCUGAUACCCUGUGCUAAUGCUACUGUUCCAGAUGGGGAGUGCUGUCCACGAUGUGGAACACCGAGUGACUAUGCUGAGGACGGCUGGUCGCCCUGGUCUGAAUGGACCCAUUGUUCUGUGUCAUGUGGGCGGGGCAUCCAGCAGCGAGGGCGCUCUUGCGACCGUAUCAAUAAUGUCUGCGAGGGCACCUCUGUGCAAACCCGUGAUUGCUAUCUUCAGGAGUGUGAUAAACGCUUCAAGCAAGACGGAAACUGGAGUCAUUGGUCCCCCUGGUCGUCAUGCUCUGUCACCUGUGGUGCUGGUGUCAUCACUCGUAUCCGCCUCUGCAACUCUCCCACCCCUCAGCUGGGAGGCAGGGACUGUGUGGGAGAGGGCAGACAAACAGAAAAGUGCAAGAUGUCUCCAUGUCCAAUUAAUGGGAACUGGGGACCCUGGUCACCUUGGGGUACAUGCACCCUCACCUGUGGUGGUGGAGUUCAAACCCGUAAACGCCUUUGUAAUGAUCCUGCCCCAAAGCAUGGCGGUAAAGAGUGUGUUGGAGAUGCAAUAGACAAACAGAUGUGCAAUAAGAAAGCUUGCCCUAUAGAUGGGUGCUUGUCCAACCCCUGCUUUUCUGGGGCCAAGUGCAGUAGUUUCCCCGAUGGUUCCUGGAAGUGUGGAAAAUGCCCCAUCGGCUACACAGGCAAUGGCAUAAGGUGUAAAGAUGUUGAUGAGUGCAAGGAGGUCCCAGAUGCUUGCUUUGAAUUCAAUGGCGUACACCGCUGUGAAAACACAGAGCCGGGAUACAACUGUCUCCCCUGCCCCCCUCGCUACUCGGGACCCCAACCGUUUGGCAAAGGUGUGGAGCAAGCUGCUGCUAACAAACAGGUAUGCACACCGCAAAAUCCUUGCCUAGAUGGAAGCCAUGAUUGUAACAAAAACGCCCGCUGUAACUACCUCGGACACUUCUCCGAUCCCAUGUUCCGCUGCGAGUGUAAGCCUGGUUAUGCUGGCAACGGUCAUAUCUGUGGGGAGGAUACAGAUUUGGAUGGAUGGCCCAAUGCUGAUUUGGUGUGUGUGGAAAAUGCUACUUACCACUGCAAAAAGGACAACUGUCCCAAUCUUCCAAACUCAGGGCAGGAAGAUUAUGAUAAGGAUGGAAUUGGAGAUGCAUGUGAUGACGAUGAUGAUAAUGAUGGCAUUCCUGAUGACAGGGACAACUGUCCGUUCGUGUACAAUCCCAGGCAGUAUGAUUAUGACCGCGAUGACGUUGGGGACCGCUGUGACAACUGCCCUUACAAUAGUAAUCCAGACCAGACAGACACAGACAACAACGGUGAGGGCGAUGCCUGUGCUGUGGACAUCGAUGGAGAUGGAAUACUGAAUGAAAAAGAUAACUGUCCCUAUAUAUACAAUGUUGACCAAAGAGACACAGAUCUGGAUGGAGUGGGAGACAUGUGUGAUAACUGUCCUCUGGAAAAUAAUCCCGAUCAGGUGGAUUCAGAUGAUGAUCGAGUGGGAGACAAGUGUGACAGUAACCAGGACAUCGAUGAGGAUGGACACCAAAACAACCUGGACAAUUGUCCAUACAUCCCCAAUGCCAAUCAGGCUGAUCACGACAAGGAUGGUAAGGGAGAUGCCUGUGACCAUGAUGAUGAUAACGACGGCAUCCCUGAUGACAAAGACAACUGUAGACUGGCGUUCAACCCCGACCAGCUGGAUUCUGAUGGCGAUGGCCGUGGAGAUGCUUGUAAGGAUGAUUUUGAUCAAGACAACGUGCCUGAUAUCUAUGACGUGUGUCCUGAAAACUUUGAUAUCAGUGAGACGGACUUCCGCAAGUUCCAGAUGGUUCCUUUGGAUCCAAAAGGCACCUCCCAGAUUGAUCCGAACUGGGUCGUCCGUCAUCAAGGCAAAGAGCUGGUUCAGACUGUCAACUGCGAUCCUGGUAUUGCAGUCGGUUACCAUGAGUUCAACUCCGUGGACUUCAGUGGAACUUUCUUUAUAAAUACAGAGAGAGAUGACGAUUAUGCUGGCUUUGUGUUUGGCUACCAGUCUAGUUCCAGGUUUUAUGUCGUGAUGUGGAAGCAGAUCACACAGACAUACUGGUCAAGUAAGCCCACCAAGGCCCAGGGCUACUCAGGCCUGUCCAUCAAAGUGGUUAACUCCACCACCGGCCCAGGAGAGCACCUCAGAAAUGCCCUCUGGCACACAGGCAACACUGCAGGACAGGUCCGCACUCUCUGGCAUGACCCUAAAAAUGUCGGAUGGAAAGACUUCACUGCCUACAGGUGGCAUUUGAUCCACAGGCCGAGAACAGGACUUAUUAGAGUUGUGAUGUAUGAGGGUAAAAAGAUAAUGGCAGAUUCUGGUAGCAUCUAUGACAAGACGUAUGCAGGUGGCAGGCUAGGUCUUUUUGUCUUCUCACAAGAGAUGGUUUAUUUCUCAGACCUUAAGUAUGAAUGCAGAGAUGCAUAACUUGAUGAU